AUGGAAAGUUUCUCCAUUCUAAAAGGAUUUGAUGUUUCAACUCUCCCUAGCAGGCCUGUGACAGGGUUGGAGGUUCUUUGGAAUCCUCCUCCUAAAGGUUGGGUUAAGGUUAAUAUGGAUGGCCUUGCUAGAGGUUCUCCUCCGUUGAUUGCGUGUGGCGACAUUUUUCACACUGAAGAUGCUUCUCAUGUGGGGAGCUUAUGUGAUUUCAUGGUGGGAGGUGAUGUUGCAUUGGCAGAGUUAUUGGCAACUAUUGUUGCGAUCGUAAAGGCGGGAAUUUUGGGUUAUGAGAAGUUGUGGAUGGAAUCUGAUUGCAAGCUUUUCGUAAAAGCUUUCUCUGAUUUAAAUAUAGUUCCUUGGAAGAUUAGAUCUCAUUGGCUUCGCUGUAUUGUGUAUACUCGCACGAUUGAUUUUAUGAUCUCUCAUGUCUUUAGGGAAGCCAAUUUUUGUGUUGAUUUCGUUGCAAACUUAGGAUUGUCUAUUUGUAGAUUCGCUUGGUUUUCUUUUGUGCAUUCUGUUUUAGUUAAGGAUUACCUGUUAUACAAGGAAGGUACCCCUAGGCUUAGGCUUUGCUCUUAA